AUGGUUUCAUGGAUCCGAUCUUGUGAAGGCAGGUGUCAUCUUGAGAUCCAUGUCACUUAUGCUCAUACGAUCUUUCAUCAGAUCGGUGUGGCUCACUUUUUCAUCCAGCACACGAGCGCCGCACUGAGUAUCAAUGAAAAUCAGUGUGAUUCCGAACUGAUGUUUAUAUCGUUGGACUUGUCUAGCGUGAGGAAGGACAUGGACAUGGCCCUAGACCAUCUUGUUCCCGAAAGUCUCAAAUGGAAGCACACUGAUGAACAUUUCUAUACCAAUCACCAAAGGGAGAUUGAACCUGGGAACCUGGCAAGGCAUCUACCUGACCGAGUUCAGACACAUGCCUCAUAG